CGUGGUCGCCGCGCGAGAGGAGGGGCGCGGAGCCGGCGGCUGCGGACGCGAGCCUGUCCCUACGCUUCCGCGCGCCUCCCCCACCUUCCGCAUGGUGCCGGCUGCUCGCUAAGCGGCGGCGGCGAGGCGUGAGGGACGUCCCGCGGAGACGGCUCGGGGUCCUGGCCUCCAGUCGCCGGCACUUCCUCCUGCGGCGCUCGUGCGCAGCCGGCUCGGCCGGCGGGAUGGCGGCGGCGGCGGCGGCGGCCCGGAGGGGCGGCCGCGCAUCUGCGCCCCGGCUGCUUCUGCUCCUGCUGCUUCCGCUGCUGUGGGCCCCAGCCGGGGUCCGGGCCGGCCCGGACGAAGACCUUAGUCAGCGGAACAAGGAACCGCCGGCGCCUGUCCAGCAACUGCAGCCGCAGCCCGCGGCCGUGCAGGGCCCCGAGCCGGCCCGGGUCGAGAAAGGAUCUACACCAGCAGCCCCAGUUCAUACCAAUAAAGAAGAUCCAGCCACCCAAACUAAUUUGGGAUUUAUCCAUGCAUUUGUCGCUGCCAUAUCAGUCAUCAUUGUAUCUGAACUGGGUGAUAAGACUUUUUUUAUAGCAGCCAUCAUGGCAAUGCGCUAUAACCGUCUGACUGUGCUGGCAGGUGCUAUGCUUGCCUUGGGCCUAAUGACAUGCUUAUCAGUUUUGUUUGGCUAUGCCACCACAGUCAUCCCCAGAGUGUAUACAUACUAUGUUUCAACUGCAUUAUUUGCCAUUUUUGGCAUUAGAAUGCUCCGGGAAGGCUUAAAGAUGAGCCCAGAUGAGGGUCAAGAGGAACUGGAAGAAGUUCAAGCAGAAUUAAAGAAGAAAGAUGAAGAAUUUCAGCGAACCAAACUCUUAAAUGGACCAGAUGUUGAAACGGGUACAAGCACAACAAUACCUCAGAAAAAGUGGUUGCAUUUUAUUUCACCCAUUUUUGUUCAAGCCCUUACAUUAACAUUCUUAGCAGAAUGGGGUGAUCGCUCUCAACUAACUACGAUUGUUUUGGCAGCCAGAGAGGAUCCUUAUGGUGUAGCAGUAGGUGGAACAGUGGGACACUGCUUGUGCACUGGAUUGGCAGUAAUUGGAGGAAGAAUGAUAGCACAAAAAAUCUCUGUCAGAACUGUGACAAUCAUAGGAGGCAUCGUUUUUUUGGCGUUUGCAUUUUCUGCCCUAUUUAUAAGUCCUGAUUCUGGUUUUUAACAAGUUAUUUGUUCAUUGGUAUUUAGUUUAAGAUAGAUAACUCUUGUCUUUCUGUAAAUAGUGUACAUUAUAACUAAAAGUCAUAGAAAAUACUGUAUUUUCUAGCAUUGAUUUGUGAGUUUGACCCAUUUAAUGAAAGUGUUAUGCCCCAAAGAGAUAAUCAUUGAUUCUAUCUGUAACGUGGAUUUUUAAAAGAAACUUGACUUCUAAGUGUGGAUUUUUCUUCUCUCCAGCAUAAUUAAUGUUAAUAUGGUCCCCAUUUUCGUUUUGGUAUAUACAGAACCAUUGUACAUUGGGGUCUGCCACCUGAUAUUAUUUUAGCACUGACCCCUUGACAGGAAUAUACAUUUUCUCCUUGAUCACUGAGAUGUUUUAAGAUAUUUACCUUAAAAGUUUUCUUGGGAAAAGAAUGACUUGAUUUCUGUUUUUUAAAAACAUAAACAUUUCCCUGAGCCAGUAAGCAGUAGUUUAACCAUCAUGUCUUUUCUUAAUUAGGUUCUAUCAGUAACAUGAAACAAGAAUUGUUUGCCAGGUCCAUUCUUCCUCUUUUUCUUUAAUUGGGUUGGACACCCAAUAUAAAAACAGUCAAUAUUUGACAAUGUGGAAUUACCAAAUUAAAAGAGAAUACUAUGAAUGUAUUCAUAUUUUUUCUAUAUUGAAUAAACAAUGUAACAUAGAUACAAUGUAAAUAAAAGUGGUAUGACCA